CCCAGGCCCAACAACCCACCCAGACGAACAACCGGCCAACAACGCGUGCAUCCGCACGGCGGCGGCGGGCCGGAGUACGACACAGCGCUGGAGCAGAGCAGCUGAGCACCGCGGCAGCCGGCAGGUCGCAGUAGCGCGCUACCAACAUCCUGCCACCGAGCCACCAUACCCCCACUUCCCCUCGCCGUUGCCUCUCCUGUACCGUUGGGGAGGACGAGGCACUCCUCCGCGCCGCCGACGCCGCGGCGGGUUUGAUUCCUUCACGCGGGCGGUGUCUCUGCACUACAGCCCGUGCGGAUCGCAGCGCAGAAGAUUUACGGUUUUGGCAGGUCAGACUUUGGCAUCUGUGUUUGGACUCAAUGGAUUUUUGGAUGUCGGUGAUUGAAUAAAUCAUGAGCGAGAUGCUCUCAAAUAGAUUGGCGCCCUUGCUUUCCAAGCGUUGUUUCUCUAGCCUUCAGACAUCCUCACCAUUUUCCUCGUUGUCCCCAAUACAACCAUGGUUAUUUAUCGGUCUUGGCAACCCUGGUGAGAAGUACCAAUCCACCAGGCACAAUGUGGGGUUUGAUAUGAUAGACGCAUUUGCAGAGUCUCAGGGUAUACCACUGACUACACAUUACUUCAAAGCACUAUUUGGUGAAGGGAUGGUUGAUGGGGUCCCUGUUCUUCUUGCCAAGCCUCAGACUUAUAUGAAUCUCAGUGGAGAAUCUGUUGGUCCACUUGCUGCCUAUUAUAAACUGCCACUUAAUCGCAUCCUGGUGGCAUUUGAUGACAUGGACUUACCAUGUGGAGUUCUCCGUUUACAGCCAAAAGGAGGUUUUGGACGGCACAAUGGGUUGAAGUGUGUGAUAUACCACUUUCGCAGGAAUCAAGAAUUUUGCCGAUUAAGGAUUGGAAUUGGACGGCCACCUGGCCAGAUGGAUCCUAAAGCUUUUGUUCUUCAGAAGUUUAAUAGAACUGGUCGUGAACGGAUUGAUUCAGCCAUAAAAGAGGGUGUUAACAUUCUGAAGAUGGUGGCCACCAAGGGUUUGACAGAGGCUGCAAGAUUGUCAAAUGCAGAUCAGAAGUAUAAGCAUCUGAGAUCACAUGAUCUUCAAGACUGAAAAUGACUAGACUCUGCUUAUCUGGGGAAUUGCUCUUUCAGCAUAUCUCUUGAUGCCCCUCAUGCUCCAGUACUUCUAUUGGAUGGCUGGAUUGAGAAUCUAGUACAGCUAAAUGUUCUCCCUGAUAUUCUCUGCAGCAUACAUCUCUUUGGUGCUGACUAUGGAGUUUUCGAUGUUUCUCGGUGGUCAAUUUCAGUUGGCUCAACAGUUGAUGUUGAACUGGUGGUCCAAGGUCAAAGCUUCUGAUUUAGUUAGAAGAAAGCGUCUUUUGAAGAGUCAACAGUUAGCUAUACAAUGUUUUGAAUUAGUUUUGUUCAUUUUAGGAAAAUCGAGUUUCUCGUGACCCCACUUAUUUUCAAUGCUAUGGGGACUUUACUAAAAUUAGACAGUUUUAUUUGGCCAUACCAAAUAUUUCUGGAAUAACAUUUGCUGUAGACAUGAUAGAUCUUUAAGAAUCUGAUUUCCUGUUUUGUGUGAUGUAAUGAAGCUAAGAUGAAUGUGCGUGAUGCUUAUGGCAUUCGUUGU